UCAUACGCACUUCACUCACGAUCGUUUGGUCGAUGAGAGGCUCGUGAGCGCUGUCUGUGAAGGAGAGGGAUUAGUGGCCGAAUGGGAGGUGAAUGCGUGGGAGGCGCGAAGAUUACUGUAGAUCAGAGGGUGCCAGAUCAUCUCAUGGCGUGCGUGACUUGAGAAACAGAGAGGGGUUGAGCGAGGGGCUCGCCUGAUAGGGUGCAAAAGAGCUACGGAGAGGGGAAGGACGAGAGGAGAGGAGACUCAGGGAGAGGAAAGGGAGGAAGAGAUGGUGGCAGCGAACGCUGAUGGCCUGCGCGCUCUUUCACAGGUCUCUCUACCUGAUCACGAUCUUCAUAGGCAACAUCGGCCGCUGGAGGACUUCUGGAACUGCCGAGAUGUCGUCUUCAAAUGCUUCUUGCUUCUUGAUGUCCGUGACCUGCUGUCUGCGAGUCAAGUCUGCCGUGCCUGGCGUGAAUUGAUCGAGUCGGAGGACUUAUGGUUUCGGUUCCUUGAUCAGCUGCAUGAUGGGCAAAUACCAUUGAAGCUACCAACAAGAGGCUGUCAUGGGACUAAAUCGUUGGGCGAAGGGUCAUCGAUCUGGCGGGGAACAUCGGGGGGACCUUGGAGGCACUUUGCAAGGGAGAUGUCAAAGUUGUGUAGCCUUAGAAAAAUGGCGAAGUCCAUUGCGGCGGAGGGGGUGGCGCAGAGCAGCCAGACCGAUGACCGAGGGAUCGAGUGGACGUUAUGCAAUGAGUGCUACUGGGAAAGUGUGGCAACAAGGAGCCCAGACAAGCGGGAAUUUCUGACGUUUAGGUUAAGUCAGCCUAUAUGUUUGGUCACUGCUGUUGAGAUUCUUCCAGCUCCUCUGAGAAGGUGUUAUGCUCCAAAGCGUGUUCAGGUUCAGGUUGGCUUUGGAGAAGAUCAGGCCCUCUUUGAGUCAGAAGAUAUGAUUGUUGAGAAUGAGCCCGUCCUUCAGCAAUUCAACUUGCCCGAACGGCUCAUCGUUGGUGAUCAUGUCCGCCUUCUCUUCAAGGGCGUGCAUGAUGAAUUAUCAUUGCCACACCAUUGGCACAUGUAUAGCAUAUGCAUCCAGCGCAUUCGUAUCUUCGGUUUUCCACUCGGUUGUAUCAGAGACACCCUGUUGUCAGAGUCCUUGGUGAACUUUGCGCUGCAGUAUCCCCCGUUCCAGUUUGCGACAGCCCGCGCGCUGAAGCCAGCGGUUGGGGAGCAACUUCAUUGUGAGGACAUCAUUGUGGGGCUUAGGAGACUUCCUCAGGUCGCACCGCGGAUCGACGUUUGGGAUGACGAAGUGGACCAAUUUGUGACGCCACCACCUUCAUUUCAGCGCGGCAUUGGACUACCAAGAGCAAGGUUGCAGCUAAGGUUGGGCCGGAGCUGACUAUUAAUGAUCGCAGCAGCAAGGAGGGAGAGAUAUAGAGAAGAGGAAUAAAGACCAGGUGAUAGCUGCUUUGGCGAAUGCAAUUGUUGUCUUAAACCACCAGUACACGAGGGCCUGGAGGCGCUCCACUGCACGCCAAACUUUUCGAGCCGCAACCGGCGCACUUUUUUUUCUUUUUUGGCUGGAGCUGUCAGCCAUUGUGGUCUCCACAAGACUGCGACCGAGGCGCGAAAUUCUCGGAGUAGGUGACAAGCAAAUCUCCACAAGACUGCGGCUGUGUGGUAGCCGUGUAAAAGGAUCUGGCUCUUGCCUGCAUAAUAGCAAGCACUAUGUACAGGGGAGGUGUACGAUAAUGUCUCGAUGGGCGUGUUGUUUUAGAUUUGCCAGUAAGAGACUGGCUUAAGGUUUUCUGGAGGAUUCUGAUGAGAUGAUGAAAGGGGGAGAUAAUAUCUGCAGAUGAUAUCUGCAGAUAAUAUCUACAGUGGCGGGAAGGGAAUGCCUGGGUCGCUUCAAUGCGUCUCUAUUACCAUGCUGCGUAACCACAGCCAAGGGAACGGGCUUGGAAGAAUUGGCGGGGAAAGAAGACCCUCUUGUAUUUUUCUUCUUGAUAGGAACAAAAAAAGCUGGUUAGU